AUGCAAAACAAGUUUCAGGACAACAGAGUGAAUUCUGAACAUACCAGAACUUUAGUACAGCAUCAAGGUGCAUCCUCCUCCAAAAAUGACAAUGGUAUGGCUGAAUUGAUUCAAUGUAUGAAGGAAAUGAAAUCUGAGAUAGCCAACAACAAUUCUUUGACCAAUUCUAGGAUGAGUGCAUUGGAGCAGAAGAUUGAGCAGUGGGAAACUAAGUCUGCUAAUCUGAAUAAUUUUGUCACUCAAAUGUCUAAUACACUUAACGAUCUGCAAGCAAGAAGUGGAGGGUCUCUACCUUCAAAUACAGUGAUUAAUCCAAAGUCAUUGAAUGCCAUUUCUUUGAGGAGUGGAAGACAAGUUGGAAAACAAGUCAGUUUUACUUUGGAUGAGGAUGAUGAACAACUUAAAGAAUCUGAUAAUAUGCAGCAAAAUGAUGAUUCUGUGGUGACCCCUCAAGUUCAAUCUGAAAGCAAAUGUGAGAGAAAAUUAUUGUCAACAAGGAAAAAAGAGAAAGAAUCAAUUUCCACACAUGAUGAUGAUGCAAACUCUCAGCAUUCUGGAAUUAAGGAGUUAGAGCAAGAAGUACCCAAAGCAGUCCCAACUCCUUCUGGUCAACAAAAUGAGGAACUUCCAGAAAUUCAGAAGCAAUUAAGGAAGGGUAAGAGUGAGGUAAAGAUUUUAGAGCUUCCUUUUCCUAAAUCAUUUCUUCUUAGUAGGAAAUUGUCUAAUGAACAAGUUGAGAAAGAUGCUUUGAAUCUAUUUAGCAAGCUGGAAGUUAAUGUACCCUUAUUGGAUUUCCUGAAAAGUAUGCCUAAGUAUGUGAGAUUUUCGAAGGAGUUGUGUACUAACAAGAGGAAAUGCAAACCCAAUAAAUUGGUUCAAAUAGGCUCAAGUGUUUCAGCACUUUUUAAGCCACAUUUACCAGUGAAGUGUUCUGAUCCAGGAUCAUUUACAAUUCCAUGCACUAUUGGUAAAUUGAAUAUAGCUAGUGCCCUCCUAGAUUUGGGUGCUGCUAUAAAUGUUAUGCCAUUGUCUAUCUAUACAUCUUUGGGCAUUAAUUCAAUAAAAGACACUAGUAUGAUCAUUCAGUUGGUUGAUAGAAGCAUUAGAAGACCUCAUGGGCUAUUGGAAGAUAUUCUGGUCAAGGUUAAGGACUUGAUUUUUCCAGCAGAUUUCUAUGUCUUGGAUAUGUCCCAUGAAUCAACCAUUGAUCUUAGGGAGACCAUUCCUUUGAACUGCCAACACAGUGAUUAG